AUCAACAUGAUCCAGCGAUAUAUCGACGAACUCUAUGACGUGUUGCAAGCCGUUCCGAGACAUGGAGAAAUGUCUUUGAGGGGACCUGGCUUGUUUCAGAAUGGUGUUAGCGGUAUCGUGCGUUCAGGCGCUGCUGCAUUGUCGCAGUCGGUGACCAAUGCCCUUGGUAUGAAGCCGCUUCCGGGAAGUAAACGCGUUCUGACUUUGAAGAAGGGGACAGUAGUGGAAAGUCAGAAUGGGUUUCAAAGAUUGGGGAGUUUUUUGCGGUGAAGGAUGACGGGGAGCGUUAUCUUGCGCUGCUGGUAUCGAGUGUCUGGCAAAUCAGCGCAAUCAAGCUCAUAGGCUCUAAGCACAGGCAAAUAGUAGCACAUUGUGAACGGGGACUACACAUGCAGGAGCAGG